AUGCAAAACGUAUCCUACCCCACACCCGAGAUGCUUGAACAUGGUUCACAUUCUUAUAACAUUGCCGACGGAAGUCAACAGGGUAUAUACGAUCAGACUCCGCUUAAGACUUUACCACCUGAAAUAAUGGAGUUGAUCUUUGAAAAGUUGGACUAUACGUCACCACAAUUUACUUUACAUUAUGCAAAUAUCAUAUCAGCUUUAAGUUGCUAUUCCACAGAGGUAAUUUACCCACAUUUAUGUCACGAAUUAAAAAAUAAGUUUUUCCUUCUAAAUUUAACGAGCACUCCUGGCGACGAAAUCAUGACACCAUUGAUCAGCAAGUUAAAGACGCCAGGAAAUAAUAAUUUUAAAGUAGAUACUGACCCACAACAUAAUUUUACAUUAGAAAGAAAUGAGCUUAGGUUGUCACCAAAUUCACCUUUUAAAAAAAUUAUAUACAUUACUGAUGAAUCCACAAUUAAUGAAAAUAUCAAGAUUCCAAUUUUCCAAAGACCAGUAGAUUUGAUAUUCAUACCCAAAACUCCAUGUACAUCAGUAAUACCCUUACUUCAAGGGUUACCUCCUGGAAUAACAAUAAAUAACUUAAUCUUUGACUCUAUGAGCGACAAAUUAAAUUUGGGGAAAAAAAUGUUCGGAAUUUAUGAUUUUGAUUUCUUUUCCUUUAGACAAAAUAAUGCUGCUGAUGAGUUCCCAGAUGCAAUGAAUGAUACCUUCCGUUGGCUUCGUCCUAGAAUUCAACAAAUAUCCUUCCCAGGUAUCACUGAACUGCAAAUAGAUUAUAUGAUGAUUGAUUCAUUUAUUUAUGACAUCCUACAAACUUUGAAUCAAAUGUUUCCACAUUUAACCAACAUUACAAGUAAUUCUGGUACCACGACUAGAUCGACUUCACCUCAACGUGGUAGCAAUGAAGACUUGAUAGUGCAUGGUGAAACAUGUACCAAUUCUAUAUUGAGACAAUUCUUUAAGGAUGUUAAAAUAUAUUUCCCUGAUUUGGUAUCAAUUGAAUUUAUCAAGUUUAAUGGCCAAGAAACUUGUAACUUUAUAGAUUUAUCUACUUUGAUGCUCUCCAAAUUUAAAAAUGCAAGAGUCAAUUUAAUUGAUUUGUUCCAGAUACAUUCGUUGAAAAAUUGGUCCUUUCCAAAAUUACAAUUCUUUACAGGACAUCGUUUUAAAUUCGAUGAAACUACAAUGACAGGAUCUCAAGAACGUCAUAAUUCAAGUUUAAUUGAUAAUUUACAUUUAUUACAUGAAAUGAUUUCUACUGAAACUCAAGAUGCAACCUCUUAUUUUAGAAUUAAUUUAAUCCCAGAAGGUGUCAAAUCAACAAAAAUAUUAAAUUGGAUCCCCUUUGAUCUUGAUGGGAAACCAUUCUUUUGUUUGAAAUCUAAAACUUUGAACUAUUUGGAAUUAAAAUUCUUAAACGGGUUCACUUCUUUGAAAACCAUCAGUAUUCAAGGUUUAUAUCUCCCAAAUUUGACAAAAUUAUUAUUGAAUAACGAUAAACUGAAGUCAUUUAGGCCAAUAAUUUCAGAUAAGAGGAACUCCAUCGUUAUGAUUAAUUCUAUAGAAACUAAGGAUGAGUUUAUACCUGUGGAAUUUUCUUAUUGGAAUGAUCUAAAGAAAUGUGAAAAAAUAACAUUCACAACUUCCACCGAACAGUGUUCAAGUAACCUGGGUGCAGAAUCUUGUUCCCAUUCAAAUUACAUCUUUAACAUAAAAAAUUUGAAAUGUACACUACCCAAUCUAAACCUUAAAGAGAGCUUCUCAAAUUAUUAUGAUGAGAGGCAAAAAUUUAUUGUUGUAUGA